AUGGAGCAACCGAAACAUUUCCAUGAUGACAGCAGCCCAUUACUUCCAGAUCCAGCUCAAUAUCGACAUCUGGUUGGCCGCCCAUUUUAUCUUAUAGUCACACGACCAGAUUUAUGCUAUUCAGUGAACAUCCUAAGUCAGUUCAUGCAUCAGUCACGACAAGAACACAUGGAUGCUGCCAUGAAAAUUGUUCGCUAUCUUUGGGCUACUGCCAACCUAGGGCUCUUUUUCUCAUCUACCAAUGAUCUAUGCCUUAUUGGAUAUAGUGAUUCGGAUUGGGCAAGCUGUCCCAUCACUCGGCGCUCCACCACAGGUUAUAUUACCAUGCUUGGUACAUCUGCUAUAUCCUGGAAAACUAAGAAACAACAUACAGUCUCUCGUUCUUCACCUAAGGCUGAAUACCGAGCUAUGGCAUCCACAACAACUGAGUUAAUAUGGUUAAAGCGCAUUUUACAAAAACUUACAGUUCCAUUUGAUCAGUCCAUCGAGCUAAACUGUCAUUUUGUCUGUGAGUAA